UUGUUUUUCACAUGAGUGGAGCUGCGGAGCAUGUGACGAAUUCAGUAAGCAGCAUCCCUAUAUCCUAGUCACUCCGAAGCCCUUGAAAUGGGAACUCUGGAGAGAACAAACCAUUUUGUUUCAUAAAAAGGCGUUUGGGACACCGCUGACGAAGAAAGCGAUGAAAAAACGCCAAUAAUCUACAACGACCCUUCGUGUGACGCCCCUCUCCUCAGUGUCCUUCAAGGGCGCAAAACACUGUUUGGAAUUCGACCCGAAACGAAAGUGAAAGGAAAAUAAGCGACUUCAUUCCAGGGGGUUUAAACCCUGAUCAUGGAUAUUUAAACGUCCUCAUUUUGUGGUUAGGAGGACGGGGCCUACAAAAUGAGUUUCUGUGAAGAUGGAGAGAAGGAGGACUCAUGUUCUCUAUCUUCUGGAUCUAGCUCCGAUCAGCCCAUGAAGAAUCUUCCCUCUGCCUUCAGUGAUGAAACAGUAACCUCUGACCCCAGCAACACCAUGAAGAGACAGAGAUCGAAGUCUCCAGAGCCCAGUAUUGUGUCUGCGAAGAGUAACAAAUCCAUAAAUAAACCCCCUGCCUUCAGUGAUGCUACAGUGACCUCUCACCCUAGCAACACCAGGAAGAGACAGAGAUCGGAGUCUCCAGAGCCCAGCAUUGUGUCUGCGAAGAGUAACAAAUCCAUAAAUAAACCCCCUGCCUUCAGUGAUGCUACAGUGACCUCUCACCCUAGCAGAGGAUCCCACCAUCAAACUCAUAUCAGGCAGGACAAAAAUGAAGCAGUCCUGCAGAUACAUGCACGGAAGACUGGAGACCUGCAGAGAGUCAAAGACCAGCACAAAACCAGCAUGAAGAAAAAGUAUGAGAGAUUAUUUGAGGGAAUCAAACUCCAGGGGAAUGAAACCCUUCUGAACCAGAUCUAUACACAGCUCUACAUCAUAGAGGGAGAGAGUGAAGGAGUGAAUGAAGAACAUGAGGUUUUACAGAUGGAGAAAACAGCCAGAACACCACACUCACAAGACACUCCAAUCUACUGCAAUGACAUCUUUAAAGCUUCACCUGCACCAGGAUGUGAGGAGAAAGACCAAAUCAAGACUGUUCUUACUAAAGGCAUCGCUGGAAUCGGAAAAACCGUCUCUGUGCAGAAGUUCAUUCUGGACUGGGCCGAGGGAAAAGCCAAUCAGGAUGUAGAUUUCAUGUUUGUGCUUCCAUUUCGGGAGCUGAACUUGAUCCGAGAUCAUCAGUACAGUCUUCACAGACUUCUGCUGGACUUUCAUCCUGAGCUUCAAGAUAUGGACUCAAAGAUAUAUGAGAAGUGUAAAAUUGUGCUUAUAUUUGAUGGUCUGGAUGAGAGCAGAAUCACACUGAUGUUUUCAGAUGCUCAGAAAGUUUCUGAUGUGAAUGAGACUUCCUCAGUAGGUGUGUUGAUGUCAAACCUCAUGAAAGGAGAGAUGCUUCCCUCUGCUCUCAUCUGGAUCACCUCCAGACCAGCAGCAGCCAAUCAGAUCCCCUCCAAAUACAUCAACCGCCUGACAGAGAUUCAGGGAUUCAAUGAGCCUCAGAAGGUGGAAUAUUUCAGGAAGAGAAUCAGUGAUGAGCAUCAAGCCAGCAGAAUCAUCUCACACAUCAGAAGAGCAAGAAGCCUCCACAUCAUGUGCCACAUACCUGUCUUCUGCUGGAUCUCAUCUACUGUGCUUCAGAAGCUCCUGAAAGAAGAUCUGAGUGCAGAAAUCCCUCAAACUCUGACUGAAAUGUACAUCCACUUCCUGUUGAUUCAGAUCAACAUGAGGAAUCAGAAGUAUGAAGAGAGAGAUCCAGAGAAACUCCUCCAGUCCAACAGAGAAGUGAUUGUGAAACUUGCUGAAGUGGCUUUCAAACAGCUGAUGAAGGGCAAUGUGAUGUUCUAUGAGGAGGACCUGAGAGAGAGCGGCAUAAACAUCACUGAUGCCUCAGUGUAUUCUGGGAUUUGCACUGAGAUUUUUAAGGAGGAAUCUGUGAUUCAUCAGAGGAAAGUCUACAGCUUUAUUCAUCUGAGUAUCCAGGAGUUCCUCGCUGCUUUCUUUGUUUUUCACUACAAUCUGUGCACUAUUAUGGAGAUGCUAGCCUUUUUUGAGUUGCAUAAUUUGCUUAAAGGAGCAGUAGAUGCAGCCAUAAAAAGUGAGAAUGGACACCUGGAUCUGUUCCUACGGUUUCUGCUGGGAGUCUCACUGGAGUCCAAUCAGAGACUCUUACAGGAUCUACUGACACACACUGAGAACAGCUCAGAGAGUAUCAGAGAAAUCACACAGUACAUUAAAGAUAAGAUCAAAGAUGGACAUGGACUCUCCACUGAAAGAUCCAUCAAUCUGUUCCUCUGUCUGCUGGAAGUGAAAGAUCAGACUCUGUCCAGAGAGAUUCAGGAGUUUGUGAAAUCAGACAAACAGUCAGAGAAGAAACUCUCUCCUGCUCACUGCUCAACAAUCGCCUACAUGCUUCAGAUGUCAGAGGAGGUGCUGGAUGACCUAGAUGUUCAAACAUACAACACAUCAGAUGAAGGUAGAAGAAGACUGAUCCCAGCUGUGAUCAACUGCAGGAAAGCUCUUUUUCCUGGCUGCAAUCUCACUGCUCAUCAUUGUGAAAUUGUGUCGUCAGCUCUACAAUCUUCAAACUCUGUCCUGAGAGAGCUGGACUUGAGUAACAAUGACCUACAGGAUUCAGGAAUGAAAAAGCUCUCUGAUGGACUGAAGAGUCCAAACUGUCAGCUGGAGAUACUAAAGUUGUCUGGCUGUAUGGUGACAGAGGAAGGCUGUGGUUAUGUGUCUUCAGCUCUGAGUUCAAACCCCUCACACCUGAGAGAGCUGGAUCUGAGCUACAAUCACCCAGGACAAUCAAGAGUCCAGCUGCUCAACGACAAACUGAAGGAUCCAAACUACAAUCUGCAGAUACUCAAUGUGGAUCAUGGGGGAGAGUUCAUGAUGAAAGAAGGACUGCGAAAGUAUACCUGUGAUCUCACACUGGAUCUAAACACCAUAAACUCCUAUCUCAUGCUUUCCAACGAAAACAGAACGAUUACACAUGUGAAAGACAAGCAGACAUAUCCAGAUCAUCCAGAGAGAUUUGAUUCAUGGUAUCAGGUUCUGUGUCAGGAGAGUCUGACUCAACGCUGUUACUGGGAGGUUGAAUGGAGUGGAUGGGCUUAUAUAGCCGUGUCAUAUAAAGGAAUCAGCAGGAAAGGAGGCAGAGACUGUAGGUUUGGACGCAAUGAAAAGUCCUGGAUUCUGUUCUGCUCUAAUAACAGAUUUACUGUCUGCCAUGAUAAUAAGUUCAUAGACAUAGGUGUCCCUUCACCCUUGUCUAAUAGAGUCAGUGUGUAUCUGGACUGGUCGGCUGGCACUCUAUCCUACUUCAGCGUCUCUGACACACACACAUUCACACACUUACACACAUUCAACACCACAUUCACUGAAUCCCUCUAUGCUGGAUUUAGGGUUUAUGAGUCCUCAUUGUCUCUGUGUCAGAUUUAGCAACAGACAAAGACACAAAAAUUACAGAGAUACACUUAAUUUAUGUCUCUAAAUCGCACACAUGCACACACAUGCUUUCUACCAUGUUUAUAUUUGCAUGCACUCUUUGAGUGAACCAUUAAUGUUUCAAAACUGGUGGACAUUUACGGUGCAGGUCGGUAGGCUGAAAAAGACUGCGGGUCAAAUAGACAAGGCUAUUUAUGCAUUCACAUUCAAGUCUAACAUAUUCCACAAAUAUAUGUAAGUGAAUGUCAGAGAAGAAUUUAUGACACAUAAGUGCAUCUACAGAAAAACAUAAAAGUGAGAUGGGUAAACUUUUAAUUAACUACAUAAAAAGUGAUUGACCUGUUAAAGUAUGAAAUCACAUUAUUAAAUUGUAAAAAAGGUAAUUUUUCCCUGUUGUUAUUGGUGCUUUCAUAGACAUCAGUGUAUUUUUACAAACUACAAAAAUUGGUUUGUACGUCUGUUUAUGUAUAUAUUUGAAACGUAAAAUAAACAUUAUUUAU